UAUAAAUUAAUAAAAUUUGAAUAAAAUUUCUGGCAAAUUAGCAAAGCUAUAAUAAACAUGUCGUCGGCGAUUACUCAGCUCUCAUGCUUCUCUUCCAUUGUUAGCAGCCGCCGGUUGAAUCUGCAAACCGGAUCCUACCGCUUACCCACCAGAUUUCGACCCGGAAAGGUGUUAAUAAAUGUUACAAACAGUUACGAACACGGCACAACGGUAUCUAACUCGGAGAAGAAGACAACUCCAAGCUACACGAAAGAUACAUCACAUAAUCAGCACAUAGAGGAACAAGUUGUCAGCCAAUCAAAAACGGCAGCAAAGAUUCACGACUUUUGUCUCGGAAUUCCCUUCGGUGGGCUUAUCCUAGGCGGGGGGCUCGUUGGCUUUAUUUUUUCAAGAAGCCCCGUUACUUUAAGUACUGGUAUACUUUUCGGAAGUGCUAUACUUGCACUUAGCAUUUUUAGUAUGAAGGUGUGGAGAGAAGGAGAAUCGAGCUUUCCAUUCAUACUCGGCCAAGCAGUACUGUCUGUUGCCUUCCUGUGGAAGAAUUUUCAGGCGUAUUUCCAGACGAAAAAACUAUUUCCGACAGGCUUUAAUGUUGUGAUCAGUGCUGCAAUGCUGUGUUUCUACUACUAUGUGGUGAUUUCUGGCGGCAAUCCUCCUCCGAAAAAGUUGAAGCCGGAAACAGCUGCUGAAGGUUCUUAGGCUUAUACGAGUAAGUGAGACAAUCCUCACAAUUUGUUAUUUUCUUCUUUUACUUUUUUUUUGGCUAGUGGAGUAAAGUUUAUAACUUUAUAUGUUGUCGAAAUUAAAGUCGUUAAUUUUAUGUGUAAUUUUCGGUUAUUUGAGAUAUCAGAUGCACAAUUUUUCGAAUAAAAGUGCGACACCUCAACAUAAAUAUCACAAUUUUUGCCCCCCA